AUGGAUUAUACCUAAAAAGAAAGACGUUAUUUUGGUGCUCCGGUUACCUUUGGCAAUAAGGAUGAGGUUAUAUUUACGGAAAAUUCCAAUCGUGAAUUGGUUAAAAAUUAUAUCUUAAAAAAUCCAGUAGAUCGUGAUACCCAAUAUGCCAAUCAAAUGUCUUUAAGUGUGGCCAAUACGGAGAGAGCCACUUAUAAACAUGUGGGCAUAACCCAUAAUGAGGGCGGUUGGCCCAAAGAUAUAAAUAUGCAUGAUCCCGAACAGACGGUACGCUAUAAAAGAAAAAUCGAAAAAGAUGAGAAUUAUAUAACCCAAGUGAUGAAUUUGUGUAAACCCAUGGAACAGUAUAUCUAUCAAAAUAAUGCUGUUAAUAUUUAUGAAAACUAUUUUGAUGAAUUAGAGCCAGCUCCUUUACCGGAACCCUGUCGUUCGAGAACGGUUAAUGUUUAUCGCGAUCCUAACCCUAUAAAAGUGCCGGUAACACAUUUGUCCUGGUCUCCGGAUGGUGGCAUAAAAAUGGCUGUCAGUCAUUGUGAUAUGAAAUUUCAGGGUGAUAAAACCGGACAGAAAUGCAAUUCCUAUAUAUGGGAAGUAGAAAAUCCCAAUGAACCCUAUUUGACUUUGGAACCCAAAGUACCCUGUGUUUGUUUGGAAUACAAUCAAAAAGAUCCUACCAGUUUGGUUAGUGGCAUGUAUAAUGGCCAGGUGGCUGCUUGGGAUACCAGACAUGGCAAAUAUCCCGUAAUGAUUAGUGAGCGAGAAGUGUGUCAUCGUGAACCGGUAAAUUCGGUUCUUUGGAAUAAUUCUAAAAGUGGUACGGAAUUCUUUUCCGGUGGUUCAGAUGGCCAAGUUUUAUGGUGGGAUACACGCAAAUUAAAUGAGCCAUUAGAUCGUUUACUUAUGGAUCCGGUUAAAAGUGAUGAACAAGAUUUAUCAAGAUCGUAUGGAGUUUCGGUAUUGGAAUAUGAAACUACUAUUCCCACACGAUUUAUGGCGGGCACAGAAAUGGGCAUGUUGUUUGGCUGUAAUAGAAAGGGGAAAACGCCUUUGGAGAAGAUACAAAUAAGGAUGAUGUGCCAUCUCGGUCCAGUUUAUGCCAUUAUGCGUAAUCCGGCCUUUGUUAAAAACUUUCUAACGGUGGGUGAUUGGUGUGCGCGCAUAUGGUCGGAAGAUUGUCGAGAAAGUUCUAUUAUUUGGACCAAAAGUAGCAGUGCCAUGUUAACCGAUGGAGCCUGGAGUUAUACUAAGGUCUCCCAAUUCUUUAUUACCCGCAUGGAUGGUGUUUUGGAUACCUGGGAUCUAUUGCAACAGCAAAAUGAACCCGUUUUAACGGUUAAGGUGUGUGAUGAACCUUUAUACUGUGUACGCACCAAUGAAAAUGGUAAAUUUGUAAGUUGUGGCAGUAAAUUGGGAGCAACAUUUCUUAUCGAAGUUUCCGAGAAUAUGGUGACUUCUAAUAAGAAUGAUAAGCCUUUAUUAACAGCAAUGUUUGAACGUGAAAAUCGUCGGGAGAAAAUCUUGGAAGCUAAAUCUCGUGAGAUUAAACUUAAGGUUAAAACAAACCAGGGCCAGGAUCAGGGUGAUAUGACCAUGCUAAAUGGUAAAGUUAAUAUAGCACCCUUUAAAAGUGCCUGUGAACAGGCGGAGGCAGAAUAUUUUGCAGCCGUGGAGCAGGAACGUUUAAGACGCAUACCCGGCAACAAGCGUAGAGGACUUGGACGAAACUGAAGUCUCGGAGGCAGAGAACAGUGUUAAAGUUUAGUUUAAUAUUGGAAAGUUAUUAAGUUUUAUUACAAAGUUUUAAUAGUGUAAAAU